AUGCAGCCAGUACAGCCAGGAGCUUCCAACGGUAAUCCUUAUGAGAAGAAACCUUUCACUUACAUGCCUCGCGUUGCGGUCACAUCACCUUUCAAGGCCCCCGUGCACAUCGAUGUAGGGGGCGUCAUCUACACAUCUUCGCUGGAGACACUAACAACGUACCCGGAAUCAAAGCUUGGGAGAAUGUUUUCUGGGGCUAUUCCAAUAGUGUUGGAUACGCUGAAACAGCACUAUUUCAUUGAUCGCGACGGCGGAAUGUUCCGGCAUAUUCUCAACUUUUUGAGAAACAAAAAGCUAUUGCUGCCUAACGAUUUUCCCUACGUUAAUCUUUUACUACAAGAAGCUCAAUACUUUGAACUGGAUCAUAUGGUGUUGGCUCUGACCACUUUUAAGCGAGAGAGGGAAGAAGUGAAACUGGAGUGGGAUUGCCACCAUGAAGCUGAGUCUACUGCUGAGGAAUACUUGCCUCAGAAAUGGAAAAGAUGCAGGAGAGAGGUUAGAUGA